AUGCCUUCAUGUGGUGAGCUCGCUGGACCCACUUCAUCGCGUCGUACAGCAGCAGACACCUUAGAACCUGACCCAAAACGAGCGCGUCGCUCAGUGCAAGCGAUCACCGUAGAACCAGUGACAAAAUCCAAUCAAGAUCCUCUAGACUCGGACUACAAUUCUAGUCAUUCAUCGUCCUUACGCCAAUACACACACGUUGAUGCCGACCAGCCCACACCCCCUUCUCCUUCUACCAAGUCUACGAAACGUAACAAUCCUUCCUCUCCGGCCCUGUGCUCUUCAAAACGAAGUUCACCUUCACCGAGCUCAGCCAAUCCUCACCGCCAUCACACCGUUCCCCUCCACACAUCUGAGCACGACGGCAUCAAAAUAGCAACCACCACCGAGGAUCAGAAGACCAAAACCAUUGACCUUACAGAGGAGCAUUCAAAGGACAGCGUUUGCGAGAAGGAGUCUGACUCUACUGCGCCAGAAGAGCCCAAAUACUUUCAACCCAACUGGUUCGCAGACAGUGAGUCUGAGCAAGAGUCUGAAUCUAUCGAGCCAGAAGAGCCCGAGUACUUUCAGCCUGACUGGUUCGCUGACAGCGACUCCGAGAGCAUUGGAGUCAAUAUGCCACCCAAGAAAGAUGCCUCAACGCCAGACGAGGCACGUUGUGCCCUGAAGGAUCAAAAUAUCUAUUUCAAUGAUGGGGGUGGACUGCGACGCGGCGAACAUCUAGUCAAAUGGGCACACGGAAAGGUUCUUGUACAGGAGCGGGGGUCUCCUACGGCGGCUCAGAAGGGGCCGAAGAUUCAGCAUGUCGCUGAGACUAUGUCAAAGAUGGGUGAAGCCGAAUUUCAGAUGGUCAUGCUGCAGGUCUUGCUGAACGAAUCACGCAUGGUCCUUAAGAAAGACCCAAGUCGUCCCCCAGACAAAAAGCUCACAAUCGACGACUUCGAGCCCGAUCCGCGUGCAUAUACAGCCGAUUGCCUAGGCCGAAAAGCUGAAGCACAAUUUGAAAAGAAUGCAGUGCCGCAGAUCAAACCCAGUAGCGAAAACAACUUUGCCGCCAUAUUCAAGGCUUUCCCUAAUCUGAAAGACCCCAAGGCAGAUGUUACAUGGGCUAUCAGCGAAGACCUGCUUGCAGGCUAUCGUGGACUACGUAUGAUAUUUGAAAAUUGCGGCAUCUCGCGUCUCACGAAGCAGCUUUAUUUCCCGUUCUUUUCAGGUGACUUCAAAACCAACAAUCGGCCCAUCGCAGAGGCAGAAAAUGAAUGUGCCCGUAUGGGCAGUGCCAUGGUGUGGCAUCGCCACCAAUGGAAUGAGGUCGCCGAGGGUAGACCAAUUCCGGAGCUCUCAGAGGACAUGGCGGAGGUGACCGAGUACGACGUCGCCACUCCAGAUUUCGCAUCCGUAUGCUUCACCGGCGCCAUCGCCCCCAAUGCUGCUAUGCUGUUCGUGAAUUGGAAGGAGGACUGGAGCAAUGGCACUAUGUACUUUCACACCCACCGCCUUGUGUCUCACAACCUCGCCCCUUCCUUCGACAGCUCCGCCGACGAAUUCCAGAAGCAGUUGAGCAAUAUCAUCGAUUGGGGAGUCGGGGAGUGGGCGCCUGGGAUCUAUGACCAGGCUAGGAAGAUUGCGAGAAGAGUUUCGCCAGGAAAACCGGACAUUGCGAUUCCCGAAGUCCAUCGUCGUGAGUAUAAGUGA